AUGGACAUGAACGUAGACCUCGAUCUGGACUUAGAUCUCGAUCCUUUGGGACCCGGUGAUACUGAUUUCUCCUAUUUCGAGCCUCUUGCUGACGACGAGGCAUCGGCGGGCCAGUCCAGUCAUCAUGGGCCGCUCGCAAGCCGCCCCUAUCACAGCAAGGCGGGCUCAACGUCCUUCAGAUCUCCCGGAUCAACCAGGGGGAGGACACCACCAGCGUCCACCGUUAACGACAGCACUGCCCUUGUCGUUGCGGAGCCCAUGUUUCGCCCAGUGGGGAUGAGCGACGCAAAUGACAUGAAGAUGCUCUGGUUCUACACUGCGGAGACAUAUCACUCGUUCAAUGUCGAGGGCGGCCGCACUGGCUCCGUCGACCAUGUCUUGCGGGUCAGGAUCCCUGAGCUGGCCUUCCGUUCACCGUUCCUCAUGCAGACGCUGAUGGGUCUGUCGGCCCUCAAUCUGAAAACCCUCAAUCAGGAGGUAGACGAUCAAAAGGCGGUGGCCUACAGGGCCAAGGCUUUUGAAGGAUACAGGAACGCAAUUGAGGCCGGCCGGGAGGAGGAUUACCCGGCGCUGCUUGCCGGCUCACUCUUGAUAUGUGCCCUGAGCAGCGAGAUGUUCCGUGAGGCCGACACAAAGCCUUUAUACAUCAUCGACUGGAUGGUCGUUUGGAGAGGAAUCGGACUCAUCGUCGAAAUGGUGUCCCCGGCUACCAUAGCCAACUACGGCUUGGCCGUGCUGUUCUACCGACCACCAAUAGACUUGGAGAAGUCAACGCGGCAUAUCCCCAACAAUCUACUAUUCAUGGUGCAGUCGAUAGGCCCAGACGACGCGGACUAUGAGCACCAACAGACCUACUACACCAUGUUGAGAUAUCUCGGCUCUCUUUACCAAGAACUCGAGAAUGGGUUCAGUCCCAUCAUGGACCUUAGAGUCAUUACGUUCUUCACCUUCAUUCCAAGAGAAUUCAUCCCCUUGGCCAAGGAACACCGUCCUCGAGCUCUCGUAAUUCUGGCGCAUUAUUGUGCCUUUACGAAACAGAACCGGGGCCCUUGGUGGAUGUGGCGCAUUGGGAGUCGACAGAUCCAGGAAAUCAGUGAUGCCGUCGGCGAUGCAUGGGAACAUCUUAUGCGGGUUCCACGAAAGGUCAUGUACCUCGAAGACCGAACCGAGAUCGCAAAAACUAUCCUACAGAAUGCGACUUGGACACCGCCGGAUCAAGAUCUAUACGCCCCUGAAACAAGGGAUCCGAGGUGCAAGACUUUGCAGAUGGUAACCGACGAGGGGGCAGUCGCAAGGAUUGUUGACGGCGAGUGGGAGCUCGAUCCGCCACCUCUCUUCGUGAACAGAAUGAGGCUCGGUGAUCCCGACGCGGAUCUCGAGCCAGAUAAGCUGCUAGGUGAGCAGGGACAACCGAUCGAUCUGGACUCACCCAUCUCGAAUUCGAGGUCAUCUUCGACACUAUCUCCGGCUCCCUCUUCUGUAAUGACAUCUGGGUCCAGCAACAGAGCUUCGAGUCCCGAUGCGAUCUCCUCUUGA